ACAUAAAAAUAUAAAAUUUUAAAACAAUUAUCGUACAACAGUUUUUAAAACGUACAUAAGAUCAAUGUCUCCUGUAUCCCCCCUCUUCUUCCAAUUCCCUCUUCGCGCUUUAUGAUUAUGGUUCCUGAAGUAAUACACCAUUCGCUACGCGUCCAUAUCUGAAGACGCUUUAUCAAAAACUAGCGAAAUGGAAUCUUAUCGAAUUAUCAAUUUUAUUUUAUACGCUGACUAAUAAUUCCAGUAUAUACGCAUUUAUAGCUGCGUGAAACAAUUGUACAUGUAAUUUUAAAUCUUGUAUCAACAAAACAAAUUGAUUAGAAUAACUUGUUCUAUUUUAUUUAACAAAUAUUAUCGACAUUUGUAUAUUUGUAUUAUAUGAAAUAAAAAAUUUUAUAGCAAUUUAAAUUUACAUUUACAUAUCUGAUUUUUUAGUAAAAGAUUCAUUUAAUCAAAUUUUUGAAAAAGAAUAUUCUUGCUCUUACAUAAAAGUGUAAUUGAUUUUCAACUAUCACAUUCAUAGGUAUUUAAUCAACAUUUUUAAAAAAGAUAUAUAAAAAGAAAGAAAAAUAUGAAUAAAUAAAAAAAAUUAUUUAAUCUCAGAAAAUGGCAAACAAUUUAAAUUCAAUUUGUGAAGAAAAAUCUACACGAUUUUUACAAAUUCCUUUAAAAUCAACUGAACAGAUUUAUUUAAUCUUCUUAAUUCCAACACUGAUUGCUUGUAUAGUAUAUAUAAUUCAUUUUUCUGCUGAUUUAGUAGUUGCUAUUCAACAUUUUAAAGAAAAUAAUAUAAUAUGGGCUUGUUGUACCAUUACUUUCAUGUAUGCACCUGCAAUUGCAUAUUUUAUGUUAACUGUUUCAAGACCAGAUUGGUGGAUGUCAAAUGAUGAUAAAUUAACAAAGAGUAUCUUUUAUUGGUUUUGCCUUCAAUUUUGUCAAUUGGUGGGCUUUGUUCUUUUUGCUCUUUAUAGGUAUGCAAGUCUUAUAGUAUUAUGUAUUGAAGCUAUUAUUUUAACUGGAAAAGAAAGAACAGAGACUUUAAAUGUAGCAGCUACACCUGCAGCUAUAGAAUUAUACUUUUUUUUACAAGCAUGGUUUCAAGCAGCUCCUCAAGCUCUUUUUCAAACACAUUUACUUUUUCGUGAAACAUCAUUUCAUCAGAGUCAUCAAUCUGUUGUAAAGGUGCUUUCUAUUAGUAUGUCUAUCAUAAUACUUGCUAUUCAAACUACCUCAUUUCAAAGAUUUGAAAGUCAACGUAUUAAUGGUAGAAAAUUACCAUGGGCAAUGUGGUUAAAAAAAUAUUGUGUUCAGGAAUUUUGUGAUUUUGAAGAAAGAGCUCCUUUAAAAUUAUCAAAUGUAAAAAAAAAUAAUACUUUAGAGAAUUCUCUAGAACAAAAAGAAUCUAUACAAGUUCAACAUGAAGAUAAAGAGCAAUGUGAUCAUAUUUCUCUUGAUCGUCAAGUAUCUGUAACACCUCCUUUACCACCUAAAAAUGUAUAUAUUACACCACCUCCAACGCCUUUACGUGGAAUUACUACAGUUAUACCUUUGCCUAUACCAGAUGUACCAGCUCCACCAAGACCAGAUUCUAUUUGUACAGUUGCAGAAAACUCGGAAUCUGAAAAAUCAUAUAUUACUAAAAAAGUAUCUAUUGCAGCAACAAAAAAAAAUAAUACCAUACAAAAUUUAAAAGUUCCUCAACGAAAAUAUUCAACAAAAGGUUUAGAAGAAGAUGAUCCUAUAGGAAAAUUUUUAAGUUUUUUAUGGUGGUUUUUUUUUAUUCUAGCACGGAUACUUACUAUUGCUAUAUUCUAUGAAUUUUUUCCAUUUUACUUAUCCAUUGUGCUUAGUUUACAUUAUGGUAUUAUGUUAAUAUAUCUUUUUUAUUAUACAAAAUAUUAUGACAUUAUUACUUUUUUUCUUAAUCUGUGGUUAGGAUUAGUGUAUAUAAUUAGUUUAAUUGAAUACAGAAUUAAAUUUAAAUAUGCAGAUAAAUGGGUACUACCAUAUUACAUUUUUGUAUUAAUGCAAAAUAUGUUUUUAACAUUAUCUUGGUAUUUCUAUUCAGAUUGGGAUGGAUUUUGGUAUACUUAUGUAUUUUAUGUAAUAUUUGGAAGUAUGACAUUAUGUAUUUUAUCAACUAUAAUUUAUUGUGUUUUAUUUAAACCAAAGAAACAUAGGAUAUAUACAAGCUGACAAAUACAUAAAACUUUUUCAUGGUAAAAUAUUCAUUAAAAUGUGAUUUUAUAAAUGCUUUAAUUUUUAUAUAUUAUAUGAACAUGAUUUUGUUUCAUAUUUAUACAAAUUAUUAAGUAUGAAAUAGAUUUAUUAAAAACCUAUUGAUGAACGAAACAAUGAAAUAAUUGACACAAUUAAAAUUUAUAUAAUUACAAUUUUUUAAAAUUUGUAAAACAAAUUAAGGAAUUAAUAAUUAGAUGAUACAUUAAAAAUAUAUUUAUCAUACCUUAUAAAUUAGAUAACUAUAUUUAUAUGAAACAUUUAUAGAAAAAUCUAUUUAAAAAAUUUUUACAAAUAGUUACUAGAUAUGGCAGCAUAUUCUUUUAUCUAUGAAUUUUAUAUAAUGUUAUUUACACUAUGUAUUUAUAUACAGAAAUACAUUAUUGUCCCAAAAAUAAGCAACAGUCUUCUAGCUCAAAAUAAAUAAAUCACUAUUUUCACAUCUUUAUUUGAAGCCAUUUGUAGAAAAUGAAAAAUCUAAAAAUGAGUGAGAGACCCAUAAAAACAAAAAAUCAUAAAUUUUUACGAUCGAAUGAAUAGUAUUAUAUAAUAAAAGAAUAGAAUAUGUAUAAUACUUUCUUACUCUGGCAAUUUCUUUGUGAAUAUAUACAUAUUCUGAAAUAAAAAUAAGUUUAUUCGACCAACCAAUUGCUCAUUAUAUAUUACAUAUAU